AUGUCUGAGUUCAUUAAUGAAAACCCGAACGUUGUGGAGGAUAACGAACUACCUAGAAGGAAAGAGGAUGAAGCUUAUCAAUCGCUUUUAGGUAACGCCGCUAAUGGAGAAGCACUCCGUAGGCGAAAACUGCUAUUGAAGAUUAAUCAUUCAGCCCAGUCACAAGCAUUGAAAAAUGUGGAACUACUGGAUAGACUACUAUUGACGUCUGUCCCUCCAGAGCUAAUACCAGACAAUAAUGAGGACACAAGUGAAGACGACAGUUUUGACGAGCCAGCAGAUCCUAUUGACUCUCAAGAAAUUUACGACCUGAUUGCACACAUAUCUGACCCCGAGCAUCCACUCUCACUAGGGCAGUUGUCAGUCGUUAACUUACAGGAUAUUGAAGUCCAUGAUUCGGGUGAAAAGGACAAGAUGGCAGAAGUCAUAGUGCGCAUAACACCAACCAUCACACACUGUUCUUUGGCUACUCUGAUAGGGCUGGGAAUAAGGGUACGGUUAGAUCGAGCGCUCCCGGAAAGGUUCAGGAUCACUAUCUUGCUUAAGACAGGCAGUCAUCAAAGUGAAAACCAAGUGAACAAGCAAUUGAAUGACAAAGAGCGUGUUGCUGCCGCUUGUGAGAAUGAACAACUCUUAGGCGUUGUAUCAAAAAUGUUAAGUACUUGCAAGUAG